UAGUCAAUUGUAAAAGUGAUUAUGUUUUACUCUAUGCUUGAUUUAGCGUUGCGCAUAAACCUGUUUAAUUGAUUUGACAUGCAUGUUUACUUUUAAUAGUAAAUAUUUUAUGUCAUUUACAUACGAAUGCGAACCAGUUAGUUGAACUUGCGUAGAAGUUACGUCGCGUAUUUUCAGUGUUAUAACAAGCUGCUUAAAACAAUUUAAAAUGUACAGUGAAAAUACUUCGACUCUCCUCCAAAGACAAGAGUCGACUGGCCGCAAGAUGUCGGGUGGAGGAGCGACAGGUGCGUUGCUGUACGCGGUCUUCGCGGCAGUGUUGGGAAUGCUUCAAUUCGGCUUCAACACUGGAGUCAUCAACGCACCGAGAGAGUUUAUCGAAAACUUCAUCAAUGAAAACUACUCGGUAAACUCCGGCACAGUGUUCAGUGUCAUCGUGAGCAUAUUCGCCAUCGGCGGUAUGAUUGGUUGUCCACUAGCCAGCUGGAUUGCUGAUAAACGUGGUCGCAAGUUUGCGUUAAUUGUGAACGCCGCCUUCGGUGUUAUAGGAGCAGUGUUUAUGGGCUUCAGCAAAGCAUCAACGUCACUCGCGAUGUUGAUCAUCGGUAGGUUUCUUAUCGGUAUAAAUUGUGGCUUUGCUACCACGGCGUCGCCCACUUAUGUGUCCGAAGUAGCGCCCGUCAGGUUACGCGGUGCAUUUGGAACUGUCAAUCAGUUGGCCGUAGCUUUUGGACUUGUUGGAGGACAGAUUUUAGGCAUUGACGUCAUAUUGGGUAGCAAUGAAGGCUGGCCCUGGCUUCUGGGAUUAGCUAUAAUCCCGUCAGCAGUUCAGUUUUUAAUGUUGCCAUUUGCUCCAGAGUCUCCUCGAUAUCUUCUCCUAGUACAGCGCGAUGAAGAAAAAGCGAGAAGUGCGUUAACAAAAAUAAGAGGGACGACAGAAAUUGAUGAUGAAAUUAAGGAUAUGCACGAUGAGGAUCGAGCAGAAAAGCAAGAGGAAAAAUUUACUAUAGGUGAUUUAUUAAGGAUUGAAAGUUUGCGUACUCCUAUGAUUAUUGGAAUUGUUAUGCAUCUGUCUCAACAACUUGGAGGUAUCAACGCUGUUCUCUAUUAUUCGGCAUCGAUUUUCGUCAGCACUGGACUAACAGAAAGAGAUGCAAGAUUGGCUUCGAUCGGUGUCGGCAGCAUGUUGUUUGUAAUGGCGUUAGUGUCUAUACCUUUGAUGGAUCGUCUCGGCAGGCGAACUCUUCAGCUGUGUGGUCUCGGCGGCAUGACUCUGUUUUCAAUUUUAAUGACAAUAGCCUUCUUCACUUACCAGAACAACACCACAAUGAGCGUGUUCGCUGUUUUGUUCACAUUAUUAUACGUUGCCUUUUUCGGUGUCGGUCCCAGUUCCAUACCUUGGAUGAUUCUAUCUGAACUAUUCGGUCAGGGAGCUCGAAGUGCCGCCGUCAGUGUCGGCGCACUCGUGAAUUGGUUCGCUAAUUUUAUUGUCGGUCUAACGUUCAUUCCUCUAUCAGAUUUACUGGGUAACUUCGUUUUCUUGCCGUUCACGGUACUUUUAAUUAUAUUUUUCGCAUUUACUUACUUCAAAUUGCCGGAAACGAAGAACAGGACGAUAGAAGAAGUGACGGCUCUUUUUAAGAAAUAAUUGUACCUCAAGUAUUUAAUUUAAGCAACAUUCCUUAGAUAUAAGAUAACCUAAUAUUGCAAUAAGCGUACACUAAACAUUGUGAUAGAAAUUGUAUUAUCUUGUUCGUUUGAAAACUUUUUUUAUCUUUGAGAAAAGUUUUAAUGGACCUCGUAUUUACUCGAUGAAAUCGUUCGUCUUCGAUUUCGGAUUAAAGUUAGGAAGACUGAAAAAGAACGUACGUUAAAUAUAUUUUAUUACAAUACAAUGUACUUACCAUGAAUACUAUAUUAAAUGAUAUAGAGAAGAUAUAUAAGUUCAUUUUGUUGUGUUGCCUUGUAUUAUUUAAAACAUUUUAUCGUGUUAAACAUAUACUUCUUAGAAACAUUUGAUUUCUACUUAAUUGUAAAUUCAAAGAUCAUUCCGACAUUAUUAUUUUUAACUUAAACAUUUUUCACACGUGAAGUUUCAAGAAUAAAUUGGUGGUAACAGUACUGUCAAAAAUUAAAAAAAAAAUCGUUCCAAUUUCGCAGUGCCUUAGCUUUCUUUCUCGAUAUUCCCAUUUAAUUACCAAUCAUGAUAUUUAAAGGUAGAUCUUCUUCUUCUUUGUUCAAACCCUCUUCCCAGUUCAGCUGGGGUCGGGUCUCCUUGUACAUCUGAGCCAGAGAGCUCUGUUCUGGGUUGUCUGUGUACUCAGAUUCUCUUUCUGGGCCUCUUUUUGUAUGUUUGACCACCAGGUUGCGGGCGUUCGCCCUCUUCCCCGCGGUAUAUUUAAAGGUAGAUAUUUCAUUAUAUUUUAUGCAGUUAUUUCUAUCGUUCAAAGUUUCUCAGCUCACUCUAUAUUUCACCGUCCUAGUGUACAUUAGUGCCAAUAAUGUAUACCGUGUUAUUAGUAAAUAUAAAAAUGUAACGAUGAUUAUGUUUUGUCUCUUUCGCGCAUUAUCAGACUUAUAUAUGUUAAACAGUGACAGAUUAUUUAUAACAGCUCUAUGAGUAAUUUAUUAAUAACACGGCCGUAGUUUAUAGGAAAUAAAACUGUUGAUAUAUUUAAUAUAUAUAUUAGAUAAUUGUAAGCUAUUUAGACCAAACAACUUACAUCAAAACUGCACAAUGUAUUUUCUAUGACGCGUCACUUUGAACGGGAACGCCUUAAGUAUAACAACUUAUUCAAUGUAUGUAAAAUUGCACAUGACACACUUUUUAUAUAUUCAUAAAUAAGUCGAUAUGUAUAAUAUUCCAACAAACUAGAUUAAUUAUAUAAGUAUUUAAUUAAAAUUCAAAAUUGAUUAUUAUUAUCAUCUCUUCAGUAUCUGCACAAUGAAGUUUAAAUAAAUCGUUUCUUAGUCAUUUUACUAUGAAUUGAUUAUAUUCGUUAUAUGCUUGUUAAUUAUAUAUAAUAUUAUACAUAAUACAUAGGUAAUUUACAUAAUUCUAUUGAUUAUUAUAUAUCACGUGUAUAUGUUAUUUUAUGGUAACCUUUUUAUAUAUGAAGUAUAAAAUACGAUAUCGUAAACGUUAAUUUUCAUAAAAGAUUAAAAAGUAUUAUAUAAGUAUUUUAUUAUUGUACAACAACACACGUUUUUUUAUACAACAAUAAAAAUGUUUGAUCUCAAUUUUAUGCUUCAUAUGCAGUGUCUUGAACUGCAUGAUUAUUUACACAAUUAAAAAAAAAUAAACUUUUUUUAAUCUAUAUAUGUAGUAACCAGUUGCUACAAUAGAGAGUUUAUUCAUUUUUAAGAUGUUCCCGUUUACAAAUUAUAUUAUAUGAUAAACCUUUUUAUAAUUCGUAAAUUAUGACUAGUUGAUAUUGCACGUUUAUAUAUAACUUAAGUAGCAUCAAUAUAUUAAAAAAAACGUGUAACGAUUAAAUUUCUCGACAUUUGUUAUAGAUAAUAUAAAUAUUUAAACUUAUGUAACACAGAUAAUAUAUAAAACAUUUUUAAAUAUUACGUUACAUUUAUUUUUUCUGCGUAUUAUUGUUAUUUUUAUUAGGUACUAUGUUAUGAGUUUUGUUAUGUAAUCAUGUGAAUAAGUACUAUAUUUAAACAUUAUUGUAAAUCCCGUUAAUACAAAAUACGAAUUUAAUUCGCUGUUGAUAU